UGCACCUAUACAUGUUUGUUUAAGAUCCGCCAUUAAAUUUAGAGAAGAAGAAGAAGCAGAAGAAGCAGAAGAAGCAGCAGCAUUCCCCGCAGUAGCUACAACACUUUUGUCCUUACAAUAAAAAAUGAAAUUGUAUUGUUUAUCGGGCCACCCAACCCUUCCCUGCAAUGUGCUGAAGUUCAAAUCCACCACCAUCAUGCUGGACUGUGGGCUUGACAUGACCUCGGCUUUGAAUUUCUUGCCGCUUUCUUUAGUGCACAGUCCAAGAUUAUCAAAACUCCCAGGAUGGGUGUCCAAAGAUGGCACUGUUAACUUGGAAAAAGAGCUGAAGGAAUGUGCAGGCCGGCUGUUUGUGGAUUCUUUGCCCGAAUUCUGUCUUCCAGAGAGAGAACUGCUGGAUUUAUCCACCAUCGAUGUCAUCCUUAUCUCCAAUUACCACUGUAUGAUGGCACUGCCCUACAUCACAGAACACACAGGCUUCACUGGGACCAUCUAUGCCACAGAACCCACACUGCAGAUUGGCAGGCUGUUGAUGGAGGAGUUGGUGAACUUCAUGGAAAGGGUUCCUAAGGCACAAACUACCACCUGCUGGAAGAAUAAGGAUAUUCAAAGGCUUCUCCCAGGCCCCUUGAAGGAGGUUGUGGAUGUGUGGACUUGGAAGAAGUGCUACAGCUUGCAGGAGGUCAACUCUGCUCUCAGCAAGGUCCAGCUAGUGGGCUAUUCUCAGAAAGUGGAACUUUUUGGUGCGGUGCAGGUGACACCCUUGAGUUCUGGAUACUCAUUGGGCAGCUCAAACUGGAUCAUCCAGUCGCAUUAUGAGAAGGUGUCGUACGUGUCUGGUUCUUCGCUCCUCACGACACAUCCUCAGCCCAUGGACCAGAGCUCGUUGAAGAACAGUGACGUCCUCAUCCUGACGGGCCUGACACAGAUUCCCACUGCCAACCCAGACGGCAUGCUGGGAGAGUUCUGCAGUAACCUGGCCAUGACGAUCCGUGCUGGGGGCAAUGUGCUGGUGCCCUGCUAUUCCUCAGGGGUGAUCUAUGACCUGCUGGAGUGUUUGCACCAAUUCAUUGACUCUGCCAACCUGGGCACAACACCCUUCUACUUCAUCUCGCCUGUUGCCAACAGCUCCCUGGAGUUCUCACAGAUCUUUGCAGAGUGGCUUUGCCAGAAUAAGCAGUCCAAGGUCUACCUCCCUGAGCCACCCUUUCCCCACGCAGAGCUGAUCCAAACCAACAAAUUGAAGCACUACCCCAGUAUCAAUGGCGAUUUCAGCAAUGACUUCCGUCAGCCCUGUGUGGUGUUCACUGGCCACCCCUCCCUGCGGUUUGGGGAUGUGGUGCACUUCAUGGAGCUGUGGGGCAAGUCCAGUCUCAACACCAUCAUCUUUACCGAGCCGGACUUCUCCUAUCUGGAUGCCCUGGCUGCCUACCAGCCCUUGGCCAUGAAGUGUGUGUACUGCCCCAUAGACACCCGGCUCAAUUUCCACCAGGUCUCUAAACUUCUUAAAGAAGUUCAGCCACUGCAUGUGGUGUGUCCAGAGCAGUACACACAGCCCCCCCUAUCUCAGGGUCACCGCUCAGACCUGAUGCUGGAGCUGCAGCCGCCUCCUGUGCCUUACCGCCGCUGCGCUGUCCUGGGACUGCCCUUCCGCCGCCGCUAUGAGCGCAUUCAGCUGCUGCCCGAGCUUGCCAAAUCUCUGGUCCCCUCCGAGGUCAAACCUGGCAUAUCUGUGGCAACAGUCUCCGCAGUCCUGCAGUCGAAGGACAACAAGCACAUGUUGCAGCCUGCCCCCAAGCCCGCCACUGCCCCACCCAGUAAGAAGCGCAAACGUAUGGUGGAGGAGCCCCCUGAGGUACUGACCCCAAAACCACUACUGAGUGGAGCUGUGCCCUUGGAGCUCUUCCUGGCUACACUGAGCAAGGUGAGACACAAUCCUGUCACACAAAACAAGUUGAGACACAACCCUGUCACACAAAACAAGGUGACACACAACCCCAUCGCACUAAACUAGGUGAGACACGACCCCAUCCCACUGAACAAGGUGAGACACAACCCCAUCACCCUGAACAAGGUGAGAGACAACCCCAUCACACUGAACAAGGUGAGAGACAACCCCAUCACACUGAACAAGGUGAGAGACAACCCCAUCACACUGAACAAGGUGAGACACAACCCCAUCACACUGAACAAGGUGAGACACAACGAACAACGGGAGAUGCCCUCAUGGUCAGGGAAAUUAUUUUAGUUUGAUAUUUUACAGGUGACAACAGGGCAUGCUGCAAUUUAUACAUUUAUGAUUUAUGAAUAGCCUGCUCCUGAUAAUAGCUAGGGGUUAACAUAUUAUCAGGUAGGUACAGGGGGAUGACCCAUUAUUAGUUGUUUCACACUUGUGUUCUGAAGUUCUUGAGGACUAUUUUCAGUUCACGUGGAAUUAGUCCCCACUCUUAGGUAAUUUUGUCCCAACUGCAAACAAGUGUGCUGCCGUUUUUUUUGUUUGUUUAGGCACAUCAAGUGAAGGCAGUCUUGGCGUGGCGUAACAUGACCCUGUGUGUCUGCGUCUCCCUCUUGUACCCAUGCUUAAUUUUGCAUAAAACAUAUAUCAGAACUUUCUGUGCUUGUUUUAUAAUACUGUAGGACAAGCAAAGAUUGGAGUCCGACCGCCAACCUUUGUUGCAUGUCUUUCCCUCUCUCUCCUCCUAGUUCUUCCUGUCUCUCUCCACUGAUCUGUCAAAUAAAGCUGAAAAAGCCCCCCCCCCCCAUUGACAGCCAACACAUUGAUCAAUUUGUGAGGAACUGCUCUCACAAGAAAGAUGUCCGUUUACGAUUCUCUAGUACUAGAGAUGCAUUUUUGGAGAUCUCCUUUGAAAACCAUCUGUUUUUGAUUUGCCACUCAGAACAAGAAACCUCCACAAAAUAUAAAUAAUUUUUCAAGUAGUGUUAAUGAUUUAAGAAUUUUUCUGUGAGUUACUCCUGAAUAAUUGUUUUGCUAGAUUCUUGUCUUGCUCGUUUGAAAAAUUUUCAUCGAGCUCAGGAGUUUGGACUUGAUUUUUAUUCCUGUGUAUCACAGUGACAACAUUACAGUAAUCACUUACAACAAUAUUCUCCAGAGUUUGGUUUGUGGCAGAGCCCGCUUAUAUGUUGUUUUUCAUGUGACAGAGAAUAUGUGUGUGUGUGUGUGUGCGCGUGCGCACGCACGUGUGCGUUCCCUAUAGCAUGGCAUCACAGAGGUGAAGGUGGAGGACACGGCAGAUG